AUGCGUGCAGAGAAGGGUUGGCAAAGUGGGUAUGAGAAAUCAAUAUACGUACUUGACUAUGCGGUUAUUUACAUUUGCGAAUUUGGUCUCGUUGCUCUGUUUUCACUCUCCAGAAAAUCUUGCAUUACAGAGAGGAAUGACGUCGAUCUUCGUGUACCUGCAAAUCGGAGGGUGGUGUUCCUUCGGAAAGAAGCUCCGACGAACAAGUCAGUAAGUGGAGGAGAAGGAAAGAGGAAAAUAGAUCUGAUGGCACUAGUUGCAGUAAGCUCCGUUAUCAACAGUACUUUGGUGCCAUUGUUAUCUGGUGAAGUGAACUUGUUGCGGAAUAUCCACAAAGAAGUUUCCAGUAUCAAGGCUGAAUUAGAAAGCAUAAUGUCAUUCCUAAAAGAUGCAGAUUCAAGUCCAAAAUUAAAAAACGAAAGGGCAGAAAAUUGGGUGAAGCAAGUAAGGGCAUUGGCUUAUGAGAUCGAGGAUGUCAUGGACGAAUACAUACUUCACCUAGCAGAAAAUAGGAAACGGCGUGGUUUCAUUGGUUUCCUUCGUAAACUCACUCGCUCAAUCACUAAACUCAAGCCACAACAUAAUAUCGCCAGUCAAAUUCAAGAUAUCAAACAGAAUAUUUGUGACAUCAAGGAAAGAGCUGAGAGGUAUGGUUUUAGUUCCUUAGAACAUGCGUCAAGCAGUAAGCACAAAGAGAAACUACAUGAUGACCCUCGUGUUGCCUCUCUUUUCAUUGAGGAAGAUGAAGUUGUGGGUGUUGAGUCCACCCGGGAUGAACUGGUCCACAGGUUGAUAAUUGGAGAAUCAAAUCGAACGGUCACUUCACUUGUAGGUAUGGGAGGAUGUGGCAAAACCACUCUUGCCAAGAAAGUUUUUGACAACCGAAAAGUGAUUGAACACUUUGAUUGCCAAGCUUGGCUAUCGGUCUCUCAAUCAUACAAGAUGGAUGACAUCUUUAGAAAAAUGAUGAAGCAGCUAUGUGAGACAAGAAAGGAGUGUGCACCUGUGGGAAUCGACACGAUGGACCAAAAUUCUCUCAUUCAUAUGCUGAGAGAAUAUUUUCUUCAGAAGAGGUAUCUACUUGUUUUUGAUGACGUAUGGAGUACGGAGUUUUGGAUAAUCGUAAAAAUUGCUUUACCGAAAAACGACAAAGGAAGUCGAAUAAUUGUCACUACACGCAGCGAAGAUGUUGCUUUGUUUUGCAAGGAAUCCCCAUCGGAUCACAUCUGCAAGGUGGAGCCCUUAAUUGCAGAGGAGGCUUGGAAGCUCUUUUGCAUGAUAACAUUCCAACAUGAUUUUGGUGGUGGUUGUCCUACUGAGUUGGAGAAAGUAUCCCGUGCCAUUGUUAGAAAAUGUGAAGGAUUACCACUUGCUAUUGUGACGAUAGGCGCUCUCUUGUCCACAAAAAGUAAGGUUAUGUCCGAAUGGCAAAGAUUCUAUAAUAGCCUUGGAUCCGAGUUAGAGAGGAAUCCGCAUCUCACAAACGUCACGAAAAUUGUAAUGCUUAGUUACCAUGAUCUUCCUUACUACCUCAAACCAUGUUUCUUGUACUUUGGCAUAAUACCUGAGGACUUUCAAAUCAGCCGUGGAAGACUAAUUCGAUUGUGGAUAGCCGAGGGUUUCAUUGAAGGACAGAAAGGAAAAACGUUGGAAGAAGUUGCAGAAGAACACUUAACUGAGCUGGUUCAGAGAAGCUUGGUUCAAGUUUCGGAGGCAAAAUUGGAUGGUAGAAUUAAAAGAUGUCAAGUCCAUGAUGUAGUCCACGAGAUCAUCCUUGCAAAGUGUGAGGAGUUAUGUUUUUGCCAUGUUUUGAGAGAAGCAGAUCCAAGUUGGAAUAAUGAAACUCGACGAUGGUCAAUGCCUAUGCAAAACAUAACGAAUAAGAAUUUGGAAACAAUGAGUACUAAUAUCAAAUCCAAAAUUCGUUCCAUUUUUCUUUUCUCGAUGGAUGAGUUGCCAAAGAAGCACUUAUUGGGUACUCUAUUUGUGAAUUUCAAGCUUUUGAAAGUACUAGAUCUUCAGGGUGCUCCUCUUGAUCAACUUCAUGAAGAAGUUGGAAAUCUUCUUCAUUUGAGGUACCUAAGUGUCAAGAGGACAAGUGUGAAAAUAAUUCCCAAGUCUGUUAGAAAUCUACACAACCUACAAACUUUGAACUUGAAAGACUCACAUGUACUACAAAUUGGGAUCUUAAGUAGACUCUGUAAGUUGCGGCAUCUUAUAGCCGCGUCUAGAUUUAUGGUAAGAGGAUUGACGAUACAAGGAGGGAUUGGGCACUUAGAAGAGUUGCAUACAUUUUGGGGCUUGGAGGCAAAUGAUGAUUUAAUCAAAGAGCUAGAAAAUUUGAGGCAAUUGAGGAAGUUGGGUAUUAAGAACUUGAAAAUAGAACAUGGGAAGGUUCUCUGUACCGCCAUUGAGAAGAUGAAUCACCUUCAUUCUUUGUCAGUUUGGGCUAUAGGCAACGAUGGGAUUCUGAAUUUGUGUUCUCUUUCUUCUCCCCCCGAAUCUCUUCGGGAUCUCAUCUUGCGUGGACAUUUAGAAACGUUGCCAAACUGGAUAUUGAGACUCGAUAAUCUAGUUUCCCUAACUCUAUAUUUUUCAGGAUUGACCGAUGCACAUGCAAUAAAAGAUCUUCAAGCGUUACCUAAUUUGAUAAAACUUGAUAUCUUCAAGGGGUAUGAUGGAGAACAAUUCUAUUUCGAUGUCGGAGGGUUUCCGAAGCUUAAGUUGCUAUACCUCCGAUUCUUAAAGAGAUUGAAUUCAAUUAUAAUAGAGGAAGGAGGAUUGCCCGUUCUCAAGGAGCUUCAAAUUGAUAAUUGCCCACAACUAAAGGAGGUGCCCUCCGGUAUCCGCAACCUUAGACAACUCAAAUCUCUUUUCAUUAUGGAUAUGCCAACAGAGUUCUUAGACAGAAUGCAACCAGACAAAGGCCAAGACUGUUGGAUUGUUGAGCAUGUACCUGAAGUCCUGAUUGUAUUCACGGAUGGAGGAACAAGGAUACAUAACGUGUCUACUCCUCAGGAAUUCCAAGACGCGAGGGAAAGCCAGAGGCUAAAUUAUGAUGACCCUGAAAGAGGAUCUGGGAGUUGA